CUUCAUUUUUUGUUUGGCUUGUCAGUGAUAGAUACCGAGAUAUACUGCCAUAUAUAUAUUUGUAUCAUUUUUACUGAUUGAGAGAGGAUAGUCACCAUGGAAAAUAGUGGUGCUGAAUCUCGUAACAGUAGCUCUGUUAUAAGCAGUAGUGAAGUGGCAUUCCCUAGAGGUGGAGCCACUGCCUUGACUCCACUUGAAGUCAAGGAAAUUUCUAAUGAAGUCACUAGUGAUGUUCUUUUCGAAGCUUCUGCUGGAACCAACAACAAGAGAUCCAAUGGUUCCAAGUCUGAGCAAGUAGCAAAGAAGAUGAAAAAAUCUCAAAAGAAAAAACUGGCCUCAUCGAAGGAUGAGACUGAAGAAGAAAAGUCCUCAGUACAAAUUGAAAACUUCUCCUACAAGAAUUUGAUUCCAGAAACUUUAGUUCUUGCUCAGAUUUCUUCCAUCAACAAAAUGGACUUAACUUUGGCUGUAGGUGAUAAUUUGGUUGGUUUUGUUCCUUUAACUUCCAUCAGUGAUGAAAUUGUUCAAGAAAUUGAAGAUUUUGAAAACCAACAAGAAGAAGAUAGUGAAGAAGAAUCUGACUCUGAAGAAGGUGUUACCACUAUAAAACACAAACCUACUUUGGAAUUGCCAACCUUGGAUGGUCGUUUCAGAGUUGGUCAAUGGUUAAGAGCUAAGGUUGUUAAGCCAUCCACUGAUAACUCCAAGAACAAUAAGAAGAGAAUCCAAUUCACAAUUGAACCAGAAGCCGUCAAUUCCUCCAUCGAACAAGAAGACUUGAUGCCUGGUAACUUGUUACAAUGUUCCGUCAAAUCUGUCGAAGAUCAUGGUAUAAUCAUGAACACUGGUAAAUCUGGUUUGUCUGGAUUUGUCUCCAAUAAGGAAUUGGGUGAAGAAGCUGAUCUUGUUAAGAUUGGUUCAGUUCUUCUCAUGAGCAUUGUUUCCAAGCCAGGUUCCUCCCGUACCAUCACCUUGAGACCAGCUCAAUCUGCAUCCAAGAAGUCUGUCGUUACCUCCAUUUCAUCCAUUGAUGCCAUCCAACCAGGUAUGCUUGUUGAUGCCUUAGUUUCUGAUGUCACCAAGAAUGGUGUUGUUUGUAAGGUUUUCGGUUUAGUCGAUGCCACUUUCAACUUGCCUCACUUGAACAUGUACGAUCUUAAUGCAUUGAAACACAAGUACACUAUUGGUAACAAUGUCAAGGCUAGAGUCAUUGCCGUUUUGCUUAAGGCUGGUACUAAAAGAUUGAUUUUAUCUCAAUUGCCACAUAUAAUAGCUUUGGGUGACAGCAACAAGGCUGAAGCAUUGGAAUCCUUCCCAAUUGGACAUGUCUUUGAUGAAGUUGAAGUUAAAGGAUCCGAUCCAAACUACAUCUAUGUCAGUUUCGGUUCAUCUACUUUACUUGGUGAAGUCCACAAUUCCAAAAUUGGCUCAGAUCUGACCGUGGAAUCGUACACUGUAGGUUCUAAACAUAAGGCUAGAGUCACUGGAUUUAACUCUGUCGAAGGUUUAUUGGUCUUAACUUUGGAUCCAAAGCAAAUCAACGUCAAAUACUUAUCUUCUGGUGAUGUGCCGAUCGGUGAAGUUGUCACCGGAUGUGAAAUCGUCAAGGUAUUGCCAGAAUCAGGUGGUAUCGUAUUGAAGAUUUUCGGUAGCAUUGAAGCAUUUGUUCCUAGAGAACAUAUGUCUGAUGUCAGAUUGGUUUACCCUGAAAGAAAAUUCAAGGUUGGUGGAAAGGUCAGAGGUAGAGUUUUGAAGAAGCUUGGAAAAACUCUUCAAGUCACCUUACGUAAAUCCUUGGUCAAUGCUGAGGAUGAUGAAAUUUUGACUGAAUUUGACAACGCCAAGGUUGGUAUGAAGUCCCCAGCCACAGUUGUUAAGUUUGUGCACAAUGGUGCUCUUGUUGCCUUCUUUGGUAACUUAAGUGCUUACUUGCCAAAGAAUGAAAUAUCCGAAACUUUCGUUAAUGAUGCUAGUGAUUAUUUGAAACUUGGACAGACCGUCAAUGUCAAGGUUUUGCGUAUUGAUGAACAAGCUAAGAGAAUUUUGGUUACUUUGAGACAAUCCACUGAAUUAAGUGGCGCUCAAAAGACUGCCAUUGCUGACUUGAUCCCAGGUAAGUCUAUCGUUGAUGCUACUGUUGUUGAAAAGACCAACGAAUCUGUUAUUGUUGAACUUAGCGGAAACAACUUGCGUGGUGUUAUCUUUACUGGUCACCUUUCCGAUGGAAACUACGAACAAAACAGAGUCCAAUUCAAGAAGUUACCAGUUGGUAGUAAGGUUGAAGCUCUUGUCUUGGAAAAGGACAUGAAGGCUAGAACUGCCAUCUUAACCAUGAAGGAAUCUUUAAUCACUGAAGCUAAGGGAUAUGCUGAAGGUAUUCCUGCUCAUUUUAAGGAUAUUCAAAUGGACAACAGAAUGUUACAUGGUUACGUUAAGUCUGUUACUAGCAUGGGUUUGUUUGUUUCUUUUGCAGGUCGUUUAACUGGUUUAGUAUUGGCUAAAUAUGCUACUGACAAGGCCGGUGAACAAUUAGAAAAGAAAUUCUACAAAUAUCAAUCCGUUGCCUGUCGUGUUGUUAGAAUUGACACCGAAAACAAGAGAUUCUUGUUGUCUUUGAAAGAACGUAAAGGUGCCGAAGAAGGCUCUGACAUUCCUACUAUUAACCCAGUUGAUAAGUCCAAGAAAUUCACCAACGAAUACGUUCCAGGUGUUGUUACUAAGGCUAUCAUUAAGUCCAUUCGUGGUACCCAAUUGAACCUUCAACUUGCUGACAACCUCCAAGGUAGAGUUGACGUCACUCAAUGUUUCAACUCUUGGGAUGAAAUUAAGGAUAAGAAGCAACCAUUAUCUCAAUUCCACCGUGGUCAAGAGAUCGAAGGUACUAUUAUCGGUUACCAUGAUGCCAAGACACAUAGAUUCUUACCUGUUACUCACAGAAACAACAAGAAUGUUAUCUUAGAAUUCUCUCUCAGAUCUGGUAGUGAAAUCUUGCACUUGGCCAAUGUCACCGCCGGUUCUAAGUGGAUUGCUUACGUUAACAACGUUGCUGAUGGAUAUGCUUGGGCUUCUAUUUCUCCUUCUGUUAAGGGACGUAUUUCUUUUAUGGAACUUAAUGAUGAUGUUUCAGUCUUCGACGACUUGGAAAACAACUUGCCAGUUGGUUCCGCCAUCCAAGUUGUUGCCAAGGAAGUUGACACUGAACACAACUCCGUAAUCUUAGCUGGUAGAAGUAAGGUAGUCUCAUCUUUCAAGGAUGUUAAGGUUGGUCAAAGAUAUCCAGCUAGAGUCCUUAAGGUCAAGGAAACCUUUGUCCUUGUUGAACUUGGAUCUAAUGUUGUCGCAUCUGCUUACAUCACUGAUGCUUUGAACAACUAUUCUGACAAGCUUGAAUCCGUUUUCCACACUAAUGACUUUGUCACUGCCACUGUCGUUGAAAUUGAUUCUGAUGCUGAAAAGAUUGCUGUCUCUUUGCGUACCGAAGAUGCUAAGGACAAAUCUAUCAACAGUAUUGAAGAUUUGACUAGAGGUGAUAUUGUUCAUGGUUUUGUUAAGAACGUUUCUAACAAUGGUGUCUACGUUGCUUUGGGUAGAUCUGUUCAUGCCUUGGUCCGUAUUAGUGACUUAUCUGAUGCUUACUUGAAGGAAUGGAAGAAAUACUUCAAGCCAUAUCAACCGGUCGUCGGUAAGAUUUCUGCUUGUAAGGAAGAAGGACGUAUCUUGAUGACCCUCAAGGAAAGUGAAGUUAACGGUGAAUUAAACAUUUUGAAGAAGUUUGAAGACUUGGAAGUUGGUGAAAUUUUCGAAGGUACUGUUAGAAGAGCCACUGACUUUGGUGUUUUCGUCAAGUUAGAUGGAACUGUUAACAUCAGUGGUUUGUGUCACCACUCUGAGAUUGCUGACAACAAGGUUGAAAAUGUCACCGCAUUAUUCGGUGAAGGUGACCGUGUUAAGGUUAAGGUCUUGGCUGUUGAUAACGAAAAGAAGCAAUUAUCUUUGGGUAUGAAGGCUUCUUACUUCAGUGAAUCUCAAGAAGAUAACGAUGAAUCUGAAGAUGUUGAAAUGGAAGAUGCUGAAGAUGUUGAAGAUGAAGAAGAUAGUGAAGGUGAAAAUGAAGAAGCUGAAGAUGAAGAUGAAGAUGAUAUUAUGGUUGAUGUUGAAGACCAUGAUUCUUCUGACUCUGAUUCUGAAGAUGAUGAAUCAUCUGAAACUGAAGGAACCAAGAUGGAAGGUUUAUCUACCAAUGGUUUCGACUGGACUGCAUCUAUUUUGGACCAAGCUGAAGACUCUUCUGAAUCUGAAGAUGAAGAUUUCACUCAAGAAAAGAAGAAGAAGAAGAGGUCUAAGACUCAUACUGAUGACAAGACUGCUGAGCUUAAUACUAGAGCUCCUCAAUCUGUUUCUGAUUUUGAACGUUUAUUGAUUGGUAGUCCUAACUCAUCCAUUAUGUGGAUGAACUACAUGUCUUUCCAACUUCAAUUGAGUGAAAUUGAGAAGGCUCGUGAAAUUGGUGAACGUGCAUUGAAGACUAUCAACUAUAGAGAAGAACAAGAAAAGAUGAACAUCUGGAUUGCCUUAUUGAAUUUGGAAAAUACUUUCGGUACCGAAGAAACUUUGGAAGAUGUGUUUAAGCGUUCUUGUCAAUAUAUGGAAUCUUUAACCAUGCAUCAAAAGCUUGUUGGUAUCUACCUGAUGUCUGAAAAGUUCGACAAGGCUGAUGCUUUGUACAAGACCAUGACCAAGAAGUUUGGUAAACACAUUUCUGUUUGGGUUCAAUAUGGCUCUUCAUUGCUUGACCGUCAUUUAAACGCUGAAGCUCGUGAAGUUUUGGCUAAGGCAUUGCAAAUUUUGCCAAAGAAGGAACACAUUGAAGUUGUUCGUAAAUUCGCCCAACUUGAAUUCUCCAAGGGUGACCCAGAACAAGGUAGAUCUCUCUUUGAAGGAUUGGUUUCUGAUGCUCCAAAGAGAAUUGACUUGUGGAAUGUCUACAUUGAUCAAGAAACCAAGCAAGGUGAUAAGAAGAAGGUUGAAGACUUGUUCGAAAGAGUGAUAACCAAAAAGUUGUCACGUAAGCAAGCCAAGUUUUUCUUCAGCAAGUGGCUUGCAUUUGAAGAAGAAAGGGGUUCUGAGCAAGAAUGUGCUCGUGUUAAGGCUAAGGCUGCCGAAUACGUCCAAAAGCACGGUAAGGACGAAUAAAUUAUUCAAACAUAGUUUCCCUGCAUUCCCAGUC